UUUGAUAAAAGAUCUUCGUUUAUAUGUCGAUUUAUUCACUACAUAGCUGAAAUUAAGGAGAAAAGGGAUCCUUGAUGGAGCAAAAACUCACAAAAUAGUACAGAAUUAGUUACCCUAUACUACAUUGCAAUUAAUGUGACUAAUACAGGCCAUGAAAUGCUGUAUUGCCUAUAACGAAGGGAUCCUUGGUGAAACAAAAAUUCACAAGAACUAAGUACCUUUACUCCAUUGCCAUUUUGUGCAAUUUAUGUGACUAGCACAGGCAUUUUGAACCAUUACUGGAAUUACCACAUGGAUUUAAAAAAGACUGAUAGUUCUUCAGCAAUGCAGUCCCUCGCCAUGUAUGAUGCGGAUUCCGAUGAGGAACAAAAUGUGUCCAAAGAAGAAGAGAUUCGGAAAGACACUGAAAAUGAAGUGGACAAUAUAUCAGAUGAUGAGGAAGAUCACCAUAUAGGUUCAGCAAAAUCGAACACAAAGCGUCCACAUUCACCAUCUCCAAAGUCUGCAUCGUCUGUUGAAAUACAAGAGCCUCCUAAACGAGAUAAAAAAGCGAUGAGACUGGUGUCAUAUGCCACAGAUGACAUGGAUGAUGAAGAGGCGAGGCUCACAUCAAGUGAUGAUGAAGAGGAAGAAGGAGAUGAUGACGAUGAUGAUGGUACCAUUAAAGACUUGAAAAAAGUGCAAGGUUUAGAUUACUCAAAAUCCCUAGAUUCUGAACUGGCAUCAUCAUUAUCGAGACAAGUUCGCCAUAUGUCGUCAGAUGAAAUUAGUCUACCUCCUGAACCCCCUGGUAAAUGCUCAAAACAGUUGCAGGACAAGAUUACUAGAUCCUAUCAUAAGAUGCGUACCACAGGGCUAGAUCUCAAUGAAUCAAUACAAAGGAGAAAAGAUUUUAGGAACCCAAGCAUAUAUGAGAAAUUGAUAGAACAUUGUGGUAUAGAUGAAAAAGGCACCAACUAUCCCCCAGAUAUUUAUGACCCUCAUUUCUGGGGAAAAGAAUCCUUCUAUGAUGAAUUAGCCAAAGUUCAGAAAGUUGAGAUGGAUAAAAGAGAAAAAGAGAAAAAAGACAGGACAAAAAUAGAGUUUCUUUCUGGAACCAAAAAAGGAGUUGUAGAGUCAGGGGACAAACGUAAAACUAAGUGGGACUCAACCAACAAUAAAAAUGUGUCAAUCUCAUCAAUGUCAGUGACUACUAGUGCCUCUGGGAACAAACCUAUUGUGAUAUCAGCAAUGGGGACAAUAAAGAAAGAGAAGAAAUGAGAUUUUACAAAAUACCUACCUCGGGGUCAAUGUUCCAAAUGGGACAUCGUCGAACAGCAGUCCCAGCAUCUUUUACUGAAUAUGAUGACAAUUGUUUAUAUGGACUUUAACAUAUAAAUUACAGUACUACAUCUAAUUAGAAAUGUAUGGACAGUUUCAUGCCUUCAGUUUCUACAUAACAAUUUAUGAAGCAAAAAAAGGUUAAAAUAAAAUCCUGAACCAUCUAAGGUCUAAAACGAUUGCUUUAAGUUUGAGAAGUAGAUUUUUAUUUUUUAUUUGUAAACAUAUAAAUUAAAUAGUAAAAUCUCCUGCAUUAUAUGUAUAGUAUACAUUUUUGUAAAAUAAAAAGCAAAAAACAUUAUUUUGCUUGUUCAGUUAUGUGACCUGAGAAUGUAGAUGCUUUUUCAAAACAACUGAUGUUUAAUGGAAAUGUUCAAGUUCCGACAUAUUGCUGUUAUAGUAACUGCAAUCACUAAUUUCUCAACAUAUAUUGGAUAAUCGCUAUUAUGUAUUAAUUAUUAAAAAAUUAUUCUUAAGCGAUUGUAUUAUAUUUAUAGUCUCACAAACAUCAUUCCAUGAUUGAUUUCUUGGUAUUUUUAUUGCAAUAAAUAUAUUUCAAACUCUCAAAGCUGUUUACUAGUAUUUAUAU